AAAAUUAUUGUCUUCGGCACAGGAGACGGAACCGUACGACAUUUAACUUUUGAAACACUAUUGUUUUCGAUAAAUACUUAACAGUGGAUUUGUCAUUGCGUUGGUGAAAUUUAUAUGAACAAUGAGAGCGUACAGAAUAUUAAAGAAGCUAAUGCCGUCCAGUGGGGGAGGUGAUGAUUAUGAAAAAGCUAAAAAAUCUAUACGUUUAGCCAGAUAUGGAUGUGCAAAUAGACCUUUUUACCACAUCGUAGUUGUACUUCAAAGGCGUGAUUGUAAAGCACAUCCGAUUGAACAACUUGGGACUUAUGACCCUAUGGAAAACCACAAUGGAGAAAAACUGGUUAGCUUAAAUUUGGAAAGGAUUAAGUAUUGGAUGGCAAAAAAGGCUCGCCUAUCUAAUCCAGUUGCUGAGCUAUUAGGUUUAUCUGGAUUUCUACCUAUGCAUCCUCGUACCUACAUGACAGCUUGGAGGAAUAGGCAACAAAAUAAAACUGAAACCCAACCUAGCGAAACAGUGACCAAUUAAGUUUUAUAAUUGUUAUGUAUUUUUUUAGAUUUUUGAAUUACCAUGAUGCUUGACUGUAGCAUUUGGUAACAAAAUGCAUUAAAUGUAAAAAUAAAAUAGAAUUCUGUACAUA